AUGAUUCAACCACGUAUGCUCUCCCGGGCAGAUGAGGCCACCGCCACCGGCGAAGAGAAUGAAGUCCGACGUGAAGAUCAGGAGAAAAUCAACCGGUUCAGUCGGUUACAUCAACGGGAGACCGUUCUGGAGGACCAGUUGAAAGCAAAGCUGAAAGACAAAGAAGACCUCGAAGAGGUAUCCACCGAAUUGGAACUUGCCGACGAAGAUGAUCUGGUCCCGUACAAAAUCGGCGACGCCUUCUUCCAGCUGCCCCUUACGGAUGCCCAGUCGAUGCUCGAGACUGCCACUGCGCAAAUCGAUGCCGAUGUGUCCAAGCUCGAGGAUUCACUGAGUGAAUUGAGAGACGAGUUGCAACAACUCAAGGUCUCUCUGUAUGCGCGAUUUGGCAGGAGCAUCAACCUGGAGACUUGA